ACGAUUGGAUAGUGCUUGUUUCCGGGGCUCAGAUCCACUAGUGACGUCUGGUUUUACUAUCUGCAGCGAGACAGACUGGGCGAGAAUGGCUGCCGGGGGAGAGGUCGGAAAGCUGUUACAAGUGCAGAAUGGAACUCCAACAAGUACAAGCUUCAAUGGGGUAGACGCUCUUCAUGCGUGUAACGUCCUCCAGCAGCUGAAAGCCCUGUAUGAUGAAGCACAGUUGACAGACAUUGUUGUGGAGGUGGACCAUGGAACGACAUUUUCCUGUCACAGAAAUGUCCUGGCCUCCAUUAGUCCUUAUUUCAGAUCCAUGUUCACAAGUGGCCUUACAGAGAGCAGCCAGCGAGAGGUGCGCAUCGUUGGCGUGGAGUCAGAGUCCAUGCAGUUGGUCCUGGACUAUGCCUACACGUCCCGCGUCACCCUCUCCGAGUCCAACGUGCAGGCGCUUUUCACAGCUGCCAGUAUCUUCCAAAUCCCGGCGCUGCAGGACCAGUGCGCCCAGUUCAUGAUAAGCCGGCUGGACCCGCAGAACUGCAUCGGCGUGUACAUGUUUGCGGACGCGUACGGCCACCAGGAGCUGUGCGAGCGCUCACAGGACUACAUCCGCAAGAAGUUCCUGUGUGUGGUGGGCGAGCAGGAGUUCCUGCACCUGACCAAAGAGCAGCUAGUGGGCAUCCUGAACAGCGACGACUUGAACGUGACCAAGGAGGAGCAUGUGUACGAGAGCGUGGUGCUCUGGCUGGACCAGGACCGGGACGGUCGCCAGGCCCACCUGGCCGAGGUCUUCUCCAAGUGCAUCCGCCUGCCGCUGCUGGACGAGGCCUUCCGCAGCCGUAUCCCCCCGGCCCUGGCGCUUGCCCUGCCCAAGGACCCCGUCGACAAGGGCCGCCUAAACGGCACCAACGGGUGCCCCCAGCGGCUGGGUAUGACCGCUUCGGAGAUGGUGAUCUGCUUUGACGCAGCACACAAGCACUCAGGGAAGAAGCAGACGGUGCCUUGUCUGGACACGUUGAUGGGUAAGGUGUACAAGCUGUGCAAGCCGCCCAACGACCUCCGCGAGGUGGGCAUCUUGGUGACCUCGGAGAACGACAUCUACAUCGCUGGCGGUUACAGGCCCAGUAACAGCGAGGUGUGCAUCGACCACCGGGCGGAGAGUGACUUCUGGCAGUAUGAGCACGCAGGAAACCGCUGGCUGCAGCGGGCGCCCCUGCUGCGGGCGCGCAUCGGGUGCCGGCUGGUGCACUGCUGCGGCAAGCUGUACGCACUGGGCGGGCGCGUCUAUGAAGGCGACGGACGGAACGCGCUCAAGUCGGUGGAGUGCUACGACAUCCGUGACAACUGCUGGACUGCCGUUAGCGCCAUGCCCGUUGCCAUGGAGUUUCACAGUGCCGUGGAGUAUAAGGACCGAAUCUACGUCUUGCAAGGGGAGUACUUCUUCUUCUUUGAUCCACGGAAGGACUACUGGGGCCACUUAACCCCCAUGAGCAUCCCAAGGAGCCAGGGUCUGGCUGUGCUGCACAAGAACUGCAUCUACUACAUCGCCGGCGUUUGCAGGAACCACCAGCGGACCUUCACCCUGGAGGUGUACGACAUCGAGCUGAACAGCUGGAGCCAGCGUCACGACCUGCCCUUCGACCAGGCCACCAGCCCCUACAUCAAGGCCCUUUUGUUGGGCGGCAAGCUGCACCUGUUUGUGCGCGCCACGCAGGUGAUGGUAGAGGAGCACGUCUUCCGCACCAGCCGCAAGAACUCCCUCUACCAGUACGACGACGAGGCCGACCAAUGGAAAAAGGUCUACGAGACGCCCGACCGCCUCUGGGAUCUGGGCCGCCAUUUUGAGUGCGUGGUGGCCAAACUCUAUCCACAGUGUCUUCUCAAAGUGCUCUGAUCCAGGGGGAGAGGGGGAUCGCCACAUUAGGCAUGCCUGAGGUGCUACUUGGCCACGGGGUUCCAAGAAACCCUGCUCCGAGUGUCUCCGUACAGAGACCGUCAGGAUUUAAGUCUUAAACAAGUGUUCGAGUGUCCAAAGGGUUUUUUUUUGUUGUUGUUGUUGUGGGCGCACACUUAUAAAAGUGGCCGUUGUUGAUGCCUGUCCAUUGAGCAUGUGGCAUCCACACUAUUACUUGUUUUACAGCCGUACAAUGAAUCAUAAGUGCAAUUAUCAUAUGGUUUGCAAAACGUGUGUUUGAGCCAUUUGUCAUCCUUCUAGGUCUAAGACAUAGGUAAGGUAGGAUUGGUGUUUUGUUUUUUCUUCAGUUGGCAUGCAGUGUUGAUGAGGGUGGCGACACAGAGCACCCUCUGGAAAUGGCUCAUGCAGAGCAUUGGCACCAGAAGUACAAAAAGCAAAUAUAUGAAAGGAUAUAUAGCUAUAUGUACUCAUACGGGUAUGUUGAGCGGGCGUGCUCUCAGUUGGGUAGCUGACAUUCUCUUCAUUUUGCCAUUUGUAUCAUUUGCCAUGCCUCCUACUGCGUGGCCAUUUUUUUUUUUAAGGCUUGAGUUUGAGAUUUUUAUGUUUUAGGUUUGAGUGUGUUUGGUUGUGAUGGGAGUGAGUUAUCAUUUUGGUGCAUUCUGUCGCAUUGCCAAGAUGUGCGAGUGGCCGCUCACCAUGCUGUUUUGUGAAACAUGCUUCCCCACCAUAUAUAUAUAUAUAUAUUUAAUGUAUAUGUAUUGGUUAUGUAUGUAUUUGUGUUUGCAAUAGCCUAUGUCUCACCAGUUUGCUAUAUAUCACACUUUUUAUGUUUUGAAUUAGGUCUUGUUUUUGUUUGUUUGUUUUGUUAAUCAGUAUGGUGGACAUUUUGGGUCCCACUCAACAUCCCACUCAUCUUGGAAAAAACAACUUACACCAGCCAGAACAUCUGUUGAAAUAAGUUACUUAGUCUCCAUAUUGGAGUAGAGAAACGAAUGACUAAUACAGCUGAAUGUGUCGCUGUGUGUGUGUGUGGGGGGGGACUCCAAAUCAGGCAACAGGUUUUGCUAACAGAAGUGACACGCCUGUCAGAUAAGGAGUGAAGGGAAGAUUGAGGAGGGAGUUCUAUCUGUAUUGAGGUUUUUUUUUUUUAACGUGGUUAGGUCUGAGUGGACAUCUCCCAGCAGCUGGCUCUCUGGACUUGACUCUGACUCUAACAAAACAAAAUAUCUGCGUUCAGACGGGGGCGCCUUAAAGGCCAAAAUGCAUUCUUUGAAAUGCGCAACUGCGGUCUGGAACGUUUGGUUCUCGUAGCAAUAACAGUAGGAGCUAAUUGUGUAAAUAGGGCAGGGGGGGUAAGGUGAACAAAACAUAUUCCUCAAUUCUUCGAGAAAGUGCAUUAACUAUUGUUGCAAGUUUGAUGGUGCUGAUUUUGGAAUCUGCGUGAUCUGUGUGACUAAACACUUGCGAUGGAGUUCUGGAUGGCGGUUUGAAAUUGUGUCCCUGGGAGUCCUUUAAGUGCAGAAUCCUUCUGGGAUGUCAUUGUGCCUAUUGAUGAAAAGCAGGCCUGGAGACAGAAUGCCGUCUGUAAUAUUUGCCUAUCGGAGUAUCAAGCGGAGGCCCUCUAAAGUCUUACUCAUUAUUGCACUGAAUCAUUUUUUCCACUUUCAAAAUGGCUUGCCACUGCAAAUUAUACCACAUCUCUCCCCCAAACCCCACCCUAGCCUCCCUUCACAAAGGAUGGAGGAUCAUCCUGAUUUGUGUGUGGUGUCUAUGUACAUGCAUCCAUCUCUACACGUCACAUGAGGAACUACGUGGAAAACUAAUACAGAAAAAAAAAAAACUUUUGGUGCUGCUUUUUUGACAAUCUUGUACAGAGUUAUGUGAUUACAGCCAUUGGGUUAUGUCCCUUAUUGUAGCGCGACAUUUUUUUUUUCUCCAAUAGUUUGGAUCAUAUGCAGGUUCCCGCAGGUCCUGAGUUUGCACUACAUCUGACUCCUUUUAUCCGUGAAUAAUAGAAGUUGUCUUUUCAAUCAGUUUAGAUGACAAAGCAAUCCUGUGGUGAAAGCAGAACUCAAAACCUCGAAGCUCUGUUUCACCCCUUUUCAAAAGGAAAACAAAUUAUGUUUUUUUUUUUUUUUUUUUUAGUUUUGCCAUGAAGAGCAAGCGAGUGCUAGGAUUUGAAAACAGUCGAUAGACGGAUCACAGCUUGGCUUUGCAGUCAUCUGCCACUCGUUGCCGUCCCUGCCAGAUAAAAAGCUCUGCGGGAAGCUCCAGUGACUGCCGACGAUCACGUGACUCUGUGGGAAGGGCUGGUUGGGCCCUCGCCACCUCUCUACCCCAUCCAUCGUUCCCUCCCAACCCUAUGUGAACCGCUGAAAAGCUCAGAGCUGCAGGAACCCGAAGAAACGGACAACUCUCAGGAUUUCUAUUGUUAAACACAGUACUGUAUUUAAAUAGUUUGUUUUAUGUGGAUUAUACUGUACCAUAUGUUGCUGUACUUGCACAGUUUUUUUUUUCUUUUUUUUUAACAAACCCUGUUUGUUUCCCUUCCCAACUUGAAUAAUAGAUGUGAUUGAUUUCUUUUUUGUUUUUUUUUGUUUGUAUGUCUCUGAUGGGUGUAUUAUUUUCUAUUUUCGAUAUUUACUCGUAACUUUGGGUAUGUGAAAGAGUUUGCUCUGGGGUUUAAAAAAAAAAAAAGGAAGAAAGAAAGAAAAGGAAAAGAAAGACGUUCAAAACAAAACCACACGCGCUAUUAUAAAAGUUUUAAUUUUCUGUUUUUGGAUUGCAUCACCACAAUGUCAGUAUAAACUACAACACAACAAAGCAUUACAGAUAUGAAUUCCGUACACGAACCUCUCAACAAACACCAGUCAUCCGUUGUAUAAAAAGCUUCUUAACAGUGGGAUAAAAUACACCUUGUGCUGUCGCCUGCUUUACGUGCAAAAUGCUAUAGAGCUUGUGCUAUCUUUGUUUGGCUCUCAAAGCGUUCUCGAGGAUCCACAGCAGGGUGGAUAACCAGUGAGUUUUUUUCCUUUUAUUUUAAUUUUUUUUUUUUCACUUUUGUUUGCUUGGUUGUAUGAUAUGAAACUUUGGUAUUAAUUGAUCUUUACUGUGAACUUCACAUUGCACAUAAUUUGAGAAUAAAACAAUAAAAUGAA